AUGGGAGCUUUGGGGAAGCUGAUCGAUGUGAUUCUCUUCUUAUACUUCGCUUUAAUGGCGGUUAUUGCGCCUCUCAUCGACGGCCAAACGGCACUUCCUAAAGGAAUCUUCCCGGAGUUUCUCACCGAUCUGAAAAGCAAUUACAUUUCCGAUUUCGGUGAUUACUUGCUCAUGGAGAAACCGCUUUUCCUUGUUGGGCUUGUCUGGCACGAGCUCUUGUUCCUAUGGCCACUCUCGAUUGCUAACGUCUACGCGAUUCUUACCGGAAAGUCGUGGUUUGGUACCACUUGCUUGUUGUAUGGAGCUUCCCUCGUCACUUCAAUGGCUGCGAUCCUUGGAGAGAUGAUAGGUUCCGGGAAGGCAUCGGACAAAUUGCUAAUGAUGUAUGUGCCUUUCAUGGUUAUUGGGAUCCUUGCCGUUCUUCGUGGUUUAGUCUCUCGUUCCUCCAAAAACACCGGUUCUGUUGGCAAGAGAUCGACUAUUAAGCCUAGGAGGAAGCUGGCCUGA